GGGAGGGGCCCGGGGAGGGAUGGGGGCAGGAGAGUGGGGCGCAGUAUUGGGUGCUGGGGAGAGCAGGCCUGGCAUAGCUGGCUCAGCAUCGUUCCCUGCGCCAUUCAACCCCGUCCUCUUAUUGCUCUUCCUUUUCCCGCCCCACUGUCUUCUUCCCGUUUGUCUGUCUGUCUCUCCCCCAUUCCCUGUCGUUCCUUCCCUCGCUGAGGAUGUCUUGUGUACUUCUUCUGUCGUAUUCAUGGGCAUUGGAUUUUUCACGACAGUAAUUAGAGCUAAAAUUGGGGGUCGCAUUCAGAGGCUUGCUAUGUGAAAGGAGUCACCAGUACGAAAGUUUGAGAACCACUGGUAUAGUAUAUCUCUCACUUUCUCAGUCUCCAUAGCGUAAACUAAUUUUUCCAAGUAUCUGAGCAUAUUCUUUAUUGUAUUUCUAGGAGAUUCAGUUAGCUGAGAGUCAAGUACCCAUUUCUGUGUUAGUCAUGCGUUGCGCAAAUUAACAAAAAUAUAUUUGUAGGUGUAUUGCUUUCUGUUGCAGAAUGUUAAAUAUAAGACCUAUACGAAGGAUAUAUUUAAAACAGAUGUAAUAUAAUCCAUAAACUGCUUCCCACAAACUGAGGACAGCAGGACACUAACUUCUCACCAGGACAUAGCCCCAGACCUUGGCGGUGGAACCACCCUCCCCCCUUUCCCCAUCCUCCUUGUGAAAUUUUAAAUAGUAUUGAAACUCAUAAAUGAUUAGUGACGCCAUAGAAACCACACAAUGUCAACAAAAGGAUCCAGUAGAUUUGUUUCAUUCCGGGCACUUUGUAAAAGUAUGUGCCCCUAUGGUCCGAUAUUCAAAGUUGGCUUUCAGAACUUUGGUCAGGAAAUACAGCUGUGAUUUGUGUUAUACACCAAUGAUAAUUGCUGCAGAUUUUGUCAGAUCUGUGAAAGCUAGAGACAGUGAAUUCACAACAAGCAAAGGUGAUCGCCCACUGAUUGUUCAGUUUGCUGCUAAUGAAGCACAGGUUUUAGCUGAUGCUGCCCGUAUCGUCUGUCCUUUUGCAGAUGGAAUAGAUCUAAAUUGCGGCUGUCCUCAGAGAUGGGCAAUGGCGGAAGGUUAUGGUGCUUGUUUAAUAAAUAAACCAGAGCUGGUUCAAGAUAUGGUGAGACACGUAAGAAAUCAAGUAGAGAACCCCAGAUUUUCAGUAUCUAUUAAGAUAAGAAUCCAUGAUGACCUAAAGAGAACUGUAGAUCUCUGCCGAAAAGCUGAAGCCACUGGAGUUUCCUGGAUUACAGUUCAUGGGAGAAAUGUAGAAGAACGACAUCAGCCAGUACACUAUGAUGCAAUUAAAAUAAUUAAACAAAAUAUGUCUAUACCUGUUGUAGCUAAUGGAGAUGUUAAAACUUUAAAAGAUGCCGAGAAUAUUCAUCAUAUGACGGGGACAGAUGGUGUAAUGGUUGCUAGGGGGCUCUUAGCCAAUCCAGCCAUGUUUGCAGGAUAUGAAGAGACACCUUUGAAGUGCAUCCAGGACUGGGUUGACAUUGCUCUUGAACAUGGGACUCCUUUUACGUGUUUUCAUCAUCAUUUAAUGUACAUGAUGGAACGGAUAACUUCAAAACAGGAAAAAAGGGUUUUUAAUGUUUUAUCAAGCACCUCAGCGGUUCUGGACUACCUCAAUGACCACUAUGGGGUGUAAUAGGUUUUAAAGUAUUUUAAUCAUGUUAAUAUUGCAUUUUAUAUUUUAGAGUUGCAGGUACUUUGUUAUAGUGGUAGGUUUCCCCAUGCUUAUAUUUAUUAGUCAAAAUCACAGUGCAUUGAAAGAUCUCAUGCAGUGUAACAUUACUGGACAUUUCUGAACUGAUCAUAUUAUAUUUUUAUAUUAACAUUUUCAACUCAGGAAAUAUUCAUGACUUGAAAAUAGCUUUUAUAUAUGUAUGGUAAUGCAUUGCCAUACACAGGAAUGUGAUGCUGUAAGCAAAGUGUCUUAUGAGAAAAUAAAUUAUAUAUGCAGUACCAAAGUGCUUUCAAAGAUCACUCCCAAUGCUGCUACCCUUACUCAUGUGAGUAGAAGGGCCACAGGAACAGGCUCAAAUGGUAUUAAACAGAAUUAUAUUGAAUUGUUCCCUUAAUUGAGAAAAGCUCAACUGAGAAGCCCAGCUAGUAUUUAUCUAAAGUGAAAAUUCAGUAUUUAUGUUUGGUUUUAAUUAUGUGGGCCCCUAAAUCACAGAAGAGAGAGGCUUCACACCACUGCCCCUCUUUAGGUUUAGGUGUCCCAUUUGCUGCUCUGAAGGCCUGAAAUCCCUUAAACUGACGUUGAAUUUAGAGUUCCAGAUUUUCCUAGCCAAGUGGAAGAAAAUAUAUUAAAUUUUAGUUUUCCACUCCAUUAAUUUUCAAGUGGAAGCUCUGUCUGCUUAAUGUUAAGUGAUACUAUAAGUCCAGAAUGAAAUUGUUUUGGUAACUAAGGUCUCAAAUCAGACCUUGAAUCAGUGCUUGAAAUUAAGCAUGUGCUUGUUUUGUCCCCUUCACUUCAAAAUAGGACUUCACUUGUGCGCUUGAAGUUAUACACGUGUUUAGGUACCUUGCAGACUUGGGGCACAAAACUUAAAAAGAUUUUUUCAACAUGCACUAUGUACAGUAUAUGUUCCUAAGAUCAAGUGGGUGAGGUGAUAUAUUUUAUUGGACCAACCUCUGUUGGUGAGAGGUAAGAUUCUGAGUUUACACAGAGCUCUUCUUCAAGACUGGGAAAGGCACUCAGUCCAGGUCACCUCUACAGACCUAUCUCAAUCCACAUCCCUGAGCAACAUAGUUCUAUCAACCUAACCUGCUGUGUAGACUGUACUAUGUCAGCAGGAGAGCUUCUCCCAUUGACAUAGCUACCACCUCUCAAGGAGAUGGAUUAACUACAAAACUCUCCCAUUGGCUUAGGAGCGUCUUCACCAACACCAGCUCCUCAGAGUGUUACAGCUAAAUACAAGGUGGAACAGCUAAGGAGUUAACACAUCUUGCAAGAGACCACUGAAGGUGAAUUGGGUAGGUAUCACCUCUACAAUCAUAGGAUAAAAGAGGUGUUAGUAGGUUCCAGACUUUUGUAAUGAGCCAUAGAUUCAGUGUCUUUCUUAAGUACAGUAACUGCUCACUUAAAGUCAUCUCGGUUAACAUGUUUCAUUGUUAUGUUGCUUAUCAAUUAGAGAACAUUCUCGUUUAAAGUUGCACAAUGCUCCCUUAUAACUUUGUU